AUGUCGGACGAUAGUUCUGCUGAAGAUGUUGCUUCCGCUACCCCAUCUUCACUCUCCGCCAAGCGCAAGCGCCGAGACACAGUCAUGACCCAACGUUCGAGUCGCCGGCAGAGAGCAAUCGAAUCAGACAACUCAGAGAGCGAUGACAAUAGUGAUGGAUCGUCCGAACAGAUUCAAAGUGGCGGACCUCGAGGUGGACUGGAUGCAUCCGACGACGAAAGUGGAGACGACGGCGAAGAUUACUACGAUCCCGACCAGCCGCUCGAGGAGCGGCGCAAGGUCCAAAGGGGACUCCGAGGCCUUCUCAAAGAUGUUAUAGAGAAACGAGAGGAAUACUUACAAGGUGACUCUCGUGGUCUCAAGGAAACGAUUGAGAAGGCAAACUCGAUAUUGAAGCAGGUCAAGCGACCGGGAGAAGCUGCGUCGGAUUCGCGGCUUCUCGUGAGCACAACAGAUCUUUCAUAUCAGAGAACGCUGCGUCUGACACACGGAACCCUCGCACAAGGUGUGAAUGUGGACGACUUUGUGUCAAGAUGCAUCGUCUAUAUGCGGCAGGGCAGGGGUAUUGAGGAUGAUGAUGCUCCAGAACUUUCCAGUACCCAAAGGCAGCGGAGGACUGCCACUUCACAAGACCCCGGCGAGGAUGACGAAGAUAUUGGAGAUGAGGGAGAUAUGAUGAACUGGUCCCACCUGGGCCGCUUUGCCGUCCUUCCUAACAUUCGACGGCCUGCUCUGCCCGGCUUUUUACUCGGGCCCUUGUCCGUGGAAAAGAAAGCAAGGAAGAUAACAAAGCGAAGUGCCCCGCUAAGGCCAAACGAUUUGAGAGAGACUCGUCCAGAGGUCCUUGAUGUGGCUAGUCUUGCCAAGAAAGAAAAUGAUUUGACCGCCAUUUGCGGACAAAUCCUACAACAACUGGUCAAGACUCAGUCCGAGGUGCAGCAGACUGUGGUUGAUCUCAUCGAUGACGAUAUGCCAGAUGACCAAAAAGUCAAUAUUAUGCAUCAGCAUGGUCUCCGGAGCACGGGGGGGAUAGACCUCUUACGAUUCGUGGUUAACCCCAGGUCGUUUGGGCAAACUGUCGAAAAUAUCUUCUAUGUCAGCUUCCUCAUCCGUGAUGGUAGAGUUAGCAUUGAGUAUGACGAUAACGAUCUCCCUAGCCUUGCACCCGUUAUGAGAGAGGUCGAUGAGGAGCCCAGCCUUCGUCAAGGCGGCUCAAAGCAUCAAGCAAUUCUUUCAAUGGAUAUGGCAACUUGGGAGGAUAUUGUAGAAACUUUAGAACUGGCGGAGCCUCUGAUAAAACAUAGAGCUGAGUCGACUCGUGACAAUCCUGGAGCGAAGGGCUGGUAUAGCUAA